UUGCUUUGUGCACCAGUGCGCUUUGUCAAAGGGAACGUGCAGGGACGCACAGCGAGAGAGAGAGAGAGAGAGAGAGAGAGAGAGAGACCGCGCGCGAGCUAAUCUGCUCUGUGCGCCUCAUUACUAAUUUGCCGUUCAGUUCUCGUGCGCUCCUGUGUACCUGCUCUGGAAAUCUGUGACUUCUCCAUGCGCCACAAUCUCACCUGGACUUCUUUAGAAAUGGAUCUUCCUUCUAACGCUUUUAGUGAUUUUAACGACUCGGUCUCCAUAACUCCUCUCAAUGUUACGUUCACCGAGGAUCCGCUGCGCGUGUCCUCGAACAGCAACGACACCGACAAGUCUGCAGCCAGGGACACUACAAGUCUCAUCAUCGCCGUUUGUAUCACGGCUCUCUACUCUCUCAUCUGUGUGGUGGGACUGCUUGGAAACGUACUUGUAAUGUACGGGGUGGUCAGGUACACCAAGAUGAAGACCGCCACCAACAUCUACAUCUUCAACCUGGCUCUCGCUGACGCUCUCGCCACCAGCACCCUCCCCUUCCAGAGUGCCAAGUACCUGAUGAGCACAUGGCCCUUUGGGGAGGUACUGUGUAAAGUGGUCAUCGCCAUCGACUACUACAACAUGUUCACCAGCAUCUUCACGCUCACCAUGAUGAGCGUGGACCGCUACAUCGCCGUUUGUCAUCCGGUGAGAGCCCUGGACUUCCGCACUCCUGCCAAAGCCAAGCUCAUCAACGUCUGCAUCUGGAUCCUCUCCUCCGCCAUCGGAGUCCCCGUGAUGAUCAUGGCUGUUACCAAGGUGACGGAUACAGGAAACACUUCUUGUGAACUCAGAUUCCCCAAACCUGAGUGGUACUGGGACACAGUGAUGAAAAUCUGCGUGUUCAUUUUUGCCUUUGUGGUUCCCGUCCUGGUCAUCACCAUCUGCUAUGGUCUGAUGAUCCUGCGCCUCAAGAGUGUCCGUCUGCUCUCCGGCUCCAAAGAGAAGGACAGGAACAUGCGACGGAUCACCCGCAUGGUCCUAGUGGUCGUGGCGGCCUUCAUCGUCUGCUGGACUCCCAUCCACAUCUUCAUCAUUGUCAAGACCAUGGUGAAUAUUGACCGCAAGAACCUCCUGGUGGUGGCCAGCUGGCAUCUGUGCAUCGCAUUGGGAUACACCAACAGCAGUCUCAACCCCGUGCUGUACGCCUUCUUGGAUGAGAACUUCAAAAGGUGCUUCAGGGAUUUCUGCCUGCCCUAUCGCUCUGGCCUGGAGCAGAGCAGCUUCUCCAGAGCGCGUAACAGCACAAAGGAGCCUGUGUCUGUUUGUGCUCCUGCGACGACACAGAGACCACCGGCCUGACUAGGCAUGGAUCAGUGGGGGGGGGAGCAAGUUCAGGAUGACCUCCAGACUGAGGACACACAGUUCUCCACCACAGGAGUCUGAGUCAGCAGAUGUAGGCUUUUGACCAGCUAUUAUUGUAAAUUAUCGGUUGUGUUUUUGGUCUCAUAUAAUGAAGCUUGUGAGACACAAUUCUCUACGGAUUGUCGUUCACAAUGAGCACAAACAUGCUUGUGUGUGUGCCUCUGCAUAAGGAUACGACUGCACACCUGUGGAGUGUGUAUGAAGCACAUGCAUAAUGCAACCCUAUGAACAAACACACUUACAGUGCAGUCAGAAAGUAUUGGUAUAGUGGUGUGUUUUUCAUUGUUUUGUCUGCACAAUAAUAAAUAGGUGGUUAAAGUGCAGACUCUAAGCUUUAAGGCUGUUUGUAGGUCUUCACAAAAUGAUUGUAUUGUCAGGCAGGACAUAGAUGGUAAACACACAGAGAAGGCCACCAAGAGGAAUCUUUUCAUGGCCAAACUGUGGCAAAUGUAUAAUUGGCCGAGUCAGUCAUGUGACCCCAAUCCAAGAGCUCAUGUGUUUCACUUGAUGAAGACCAGACUGACUCCAAAAAUUCCCUGUAGCAGCAAGAAGGAUCAACAGGGAAGAUACAGCUAUCUGCUGUAGUGUGUGGGUCUCAGACUUUAUCGUCAGCUCAAUAUCACAGAUGAUGACUUUGUGAAGAGUUUUGUUAGCUUGUAAAAUUAUUGUCUAGUCCCUAAAAUUGUGGUACCAUAUAAAGGACGACAAUAAGUUGAUGUAACACCUUCAAAUUAAACCUCUAACUGCUUUUCUGAUCACUUGUGGGCAGAGGAAAUAACCGUAAACAUUGACAUAUAAUCACCUUUAAUUUGUAUGACAGACAGUUCCUAUUUACACAUUUAGCCGUUACAGAGCAACACUGUCAUACAUUUUAAGUCUGUUUCUGGCUACUCGAAAUAGGAUAGUUGUAUCCACUCUUCUUUUAUCUGCGUUGGUCUAUGCUACACUAUGUUCACUUGCUAGUCGCUAACGGUGUCUUUCUGCUGUUUGGUGUUGUGUACAGUCACGUUUUGGUGAGAGUGAAAGUUAUGGGCCCGAACACCAAAACAAUAAACUGAAAGACGCGAAGAGAACUAAUUACAGACGAAAGCCACACGCACAAUCAAGAACAAUCUUAAAGGAGGUUAAUGAAUGCUUAUUACCAUAGAGUCAUGUUUCAGUGUCAUUUUUUCCAAGUAUCCCUCCGAUACUUCAUGACAGAUCUUUGUGAUAGACGCCUUUAAUGACAUGAAAAUGCGGCCUACAUGAUUAAGCAGAGAUGACUGAGGCUUCCAGCGUUUAUUCACCAUGAACAUCAGUGUUCAGCUGACUCAUUGUACUCCUCUAGCUGUUAGGCUGCUCUGUUUUCUGUUUCAACUGAGGCACUGAAGGGGAAUGUCGCACUGCUGUUUCAACUCAUAGUUGUGACUGAAUGACCUCAAACUGGCAUUGAGGCCAGUCUGAAUCGUAUCAAACGCAUUAGCGAGGAACAAGAAGCCUCCUAUACAUAUUACAGCUAAUGGACAAGUUUCCACUGAUGAUCUUUGGACACACGCAGGAUGAGAUCAGAGCCGAUGCCUCUCAUCCUGCCACUGCAGCAAUGCAUAUUUGUUUAAAGAUGCAUCUAUUUAUUAAGGAUAAAGAUAAUAUUGUUCUGUAACAGCAUAUUAAGUGGUAAUGUGAUUUGUUUUGUUUCAAUGUGCUGUCAAGCUGUUGUAUCAUUAAGCUACACUUAAUUAAUUACUAAAAUCAAAUGUUAUAGAGCCAUGUAUUUACACUAAGUGCUAUAAAUGUCAGGUGAAAGCGUGGAAGCUUCAUGUCGCCUGUCACCAUUGCUGUCGGUAUAUAGUUUGUAAAUGUUUUCUGCAGUAUGGUUGACAAUAUGAUCAGCUGAUUUUAAAAUAUGUACCGUAAAGCCUUAUUCAGCAUUAUGUUCUUUUUGCAAAAAGUGAAUUGUCUUGUUGAGGAAAAUGCUUGAUCUAUAAAUGUUUUCACAUUUUGUGUUCCAGCAGAUACAGUAUAUAAAGUACCGUAUAUUGUAUAAGUGUAAUAACUGUUUCAGUCUUUUGAUAACAUUUAUACAAUCGUCUUAUGGAAUAGCUUAAGUUGUAUCUUGUAGGUGCUUUUUAAAGAUAUCGUUGUAAAUAACUUUCAGUUUAAAUCCACUAUUUGGUUUUCUGUGCUUGUUACUACAGAUGUUAACAGUUGAACUCUUUGUAAAUGCAAGUGAAGCCUCUUGGGAGCGAUGAUGAUGAUGGGGCACAGGCACCUUUGACCUGGAAGCCCUUGUUGGUCAGAGGCAACAAGUCCCAGGUCCAAAUAAGACACAUCUUACGAAAGCACAUUAUGGAAUAAGGCCGGGAUGAUAUUGGAGUUUCUGGCGACCAGAUACAUUGGAGAAUAUACAUAAAUACACAUACAUGGAGAGUUAGCUAAUUUCACAAUGGAUCAAUAAAAAAUACAGCUAGUAAUAUUGUAUAUUUCAUGAUUGUCAACAAAUCCUUUGAUUCAUAUCAAUAAUACUUUCUGACUUCCACAGCCUGCGGCUCUCAGCACCAUGGCCAUUGGUUCCUGAAGAUGUCUAUCUGAAAAAGAAACAACCCUUUUUUCAAAAGUUUGUUAUUUUCUGAAAACAGAUGUCCGCUGUAGUUUUUAAGGAAACUGUAUUGAAACAAGAGUAAAUGGCACAUUUACUCUUGUUUCUCUUGUUUAUUGAUGACUCUAAAUUGCCUGUAGGUGUGGAAGUGAGCGUGAAUGGUUGUCUGUCUGUCUGUGUCGGCCCUGCGAUAGUCUGGCAGCCUGUCCGGGCUGUACCCUGUCUUCGCCCAAUGUCAGCUGGGAUCGGCUCCAGUCCCCCUGUGACCCUUAAGUGGUUACGGAUGAUGGAUAGAAGCAGCAGAGCAGUGUAUGUGGACUAAAAAUAAACUACAGUGCACAUGUUCAUU